CUCAAUUCUCCACCAACACAAUGUAUCUUGCCGCAUGAUAAUUUUGUCCGGGAUUUGAGCGCUGUUUCCAGGAUAACCAUGAACGUCUUUAAACUCCUCUCUCGCUCGUCGAAAGCCGCACAUUCUGCGCCCGCGCAGAAGCUUCCUUCCUCCGGCGCAGUCGCGAACCCGCAGCUGUUUGGCCACGACGAACCUGCCGCACCUGCACCCGAGACAAAAAAGAGCAAAAAGCGAAAGAGAGGGAAGGAUGCAGAAGAUGCAUCUGCACCGCUGCCAGCAGAACUAGAUUUCUUUGGCUUGUCAAAAAAAGAUGACGCAGAGUCUACCGCUCAAGCCGCAGAAAAGAAACAAAAGCGCACCAGCCAAACACAGCCUGAUGCCGAGUUCAAUGGCGCACACGAAGAGCAGGAAACAGAGCCCUACGACGCGGACGAGAGCAAGCGGAUACUGCGGUCGCACAAGCUGAAGGUUACCGUGCUGGAAGACUUUGCGCCACCAGAGGAGGAAGUUCAGUCUGAGAAGAAGAAAAAGAAGCAGAAGAAGGAAAAGAAGGUUGUGGAGAAGAAGAAAGACUCGAAGAAGCAGCUGUUUCCUCAGCCACUUACUUCGUUUUCGCAGCUACGGUCACAAUAUGGCAUUUCGAGGAGGUUGGCGGAGAAUCUGAACGAGCAGGCGUAUACACUGCCGACUGAGGUGCAGCUUGGCACGCUGCCGCUGCUUCUGCGGUCGAGAAAGGCAAGCGCGGAGGGUCAAAAUGGCGGUGCGAAUGCUUCCGGUGCUGAGUAUGGAGGCGACAUUGAUCUUUUGAGUGUUGCUCCUACGGGCAGUGGAAAGACCAUUGCAUUCUUGAUACCCAUCAUCGAUGCGCUCUUGUCGGAGAAAGCAGAAGAAUUUGAAAGCGAAGACGGCCCACGAGCUAUCAUCAUAGCACCUACACGGGAGCUGGCGUCGCAGAUCGUCAAUGAGGCCAGGAAGCUUUCCAAGGGGACCGGGCUAAAGGCAACGCUUAUGAAGAAAGGCAUGGAAGUCGUGGAGAGACCAGAAGAAGAAGACGUCAAGGACGAGGCAGAUGCUGCUGACGAUUCGGAGCAAGAUGACGAGAGCGUUUCGGACAGUGCUGACGAGGGCAAGGCUGUACAACCCAAGAAGCGGAAGCGGAGACGAGCCGACAAAGUCAAGGCUGCAAUACUUGUCACUACGCCAGCAGCGUUGCUCAACGCGCUCAAGCAAAAUGAUGGUUCCGUCGCCGAGCUCCCAAGCGUCCGCCAUCUCGUCCUUGACGAGGCCGACGUGCUCCUCGACCCUCUCUUCCGCGAGCAGACUCUCUCAAUAUGGAACGCUUGCGUCAACCCCCUCCUUCGCAUCGGCCUCUGGUCCGCAACAAUGGGCUCCAACAUCGAGUCCCUCGCCAUUUCCACCCUGAAUACCCGCUGGACCUCACUUUCAUCCUCAAACGCAAUCCUGCCCUCUCGUCGCCCACUCGUACGCCUAGUUGUCGGCCUCAAAGACACCGCCAUUCCAAACAUCGCCCACCAGCUCACCUAUGCUGCAACCGAACAGGGCAAGCUGCUCGGUCUCCGCCAACUCCUACACCCUACUGCUCUACCCACAAACAGCAGCGGUCCCUCGCUUCGCCCUCCUUUCCUCGUCUUCACGCAAACCAUCCCCCGCGCCAUCGCGCUGCAUUCUGAACUGCUCUACGACAUUCCACCCGAGGCGGGCGGCAGCUCCCGCAUCGCCGUGCUUCAUGCAGACUUGUCUGGCACUGCGCGCGAGAGCAUCAUGACCAAGUUCCGUCGUGGCGACAUCUGGGUGCUGAUCACAACGGAUCUCCUCGCUCGCGGGGUCGACUUCCGGGGUCUCAACGGCGUCGUCAACUACGACGUGCCGAACAGCGCAGCCGCGUACGUGCAUCGCGUCGGCCGAACCGGGCGCGCGGGGCGUGCAGGCGGCGUCGCUGUCACGCUGUACACGCAGGACGACAUCCCCUAUGUGAAGCUCAUUGCGAACGUGAUUCGCGCAGCGGAGAAGCUACGCGGGGUCCCUGAGGAAGAGCAGAGCGUGAAGCAGUGGCUGCUCGACGCGCUGCCGACGCCAACGAAGCGGGAGAAACAGGAGCUUAAGAAGAAGGGUGUUGAGGCGAGGCGAAAGGCGAAGACGGAGGAUGGGAAGAACACGGCGAGGAUCAGUACGAAGAGUGGAUAUGAGAGGCGUAUUGAGAACAAGAAGAGGGGUGCAGUGAAGGGGAGUAAGCAGCGUGCGGGACAGGAAAUGCGGAAGGUGGAUGAUGUGAGCGAGAGUGAGUUUGAGGGCUUUGAGUAGCCAUUUGGCAGUAUCAAUGAAGUGGCAGAUAGUUCUGUGCCUUCUCCAAAAGUAUAUAUACC